AUCUAUGUGCGCAGCACGCCGUUAAACAUUCCGCGAACACAAAAUGCAUAGGGACAGAGAAGAAGAAAUAAAAAAAAGAAAAAGAAAAAGAUAAAUUAAAAUACAUGUUUAGAGAGAGAAACACAUACAAAUACAGCACAACAAGCAGCAAUCAGAACCUCUCUCAGUUGCCUCAUACAAAUCCAUUAAUCUUAAUCUUAAUCUUAAUCUUAAUUUUAAUUUUCUGCUUAAAUCUGCUCCUCCUAACGUAAAACACUUCAGAGAAAAUCGCUAACCUUUCUCUCGCAUUUUUCUUUUUCGUUUUCUUUCUCAUUUCGUUUCGUUUACUCUCUUUUUUCUCUUCCAAAUGGUGGUGAUGAUGGAGGAUAAUGACAGUUCUGGAACCAGAGUUCACGAUACAACGACGUUGCUUUCUUCUUCGCCGGCGCCUUCACCUGUACAGGGACGACAACAGAGACAGAAGCUAGAGGUGUACAAUGAGGUUCUUCGUCGGCUUAAAGAAUCAAACAAUGAAGAGGCUAAUCGGCCUGGCUUUGACGACGAACUCUGGUCUCACUUUCAUCGUCUUCCUACUCGAUAUGCAUUGGAUGUGAAUGUGGAGAGAGCAGAAGAUGUACUUAUGCACAAAAGAUUACUGCAAUUGGCUUGUGAUCCCGAUAAUAGACCUGCUAUUGAAAUUCGCCUUGUGCAGGUUCAUCCUGUUUCUGAUGGGAAUUUGUUUGAUUCUAACCUUUCAGAUUCACCUUAUAAAGAAGAUGCCCAAAGUAGUAGAAAGUGUGUACUUCCACCGCCUGCCUUUGGUUCAUCACCUAAUCUUGAAGCGCUUGCACUUGAAGCUACUAAAUGUGAAAGUGAUGAUGGUGAUAAUUCUGUGCAUGCAAAUUCGAAGUUCUCUAGGCCCUUGCAUGAAAUUACAUUUUCAACUGAUGACAAGCCAAAGCUUCUUAGUCAGUUCACUUCCUUGCUUGCUGAGAUUGGGUUGAAUAUCCAAGAAGCACAUGCUUUCUCCACGGUUGAUGGCUAUUCCUUGGAUGUCUUUGUUGUUGAUGGUUGGCCAUUUGAGGAAACAGAGCAGCUUAGAAUUGCAUUGGAAAAGGAAGUUUUUAGGAUUGAGAAGCAGAAUUGUUCGAAUCAUCAUUCAUUAUCACACACUAGCGAGCAUGAACAAACCCAGAUCAAAUGUGAUCCUGAUCAUGUGGCAAUACCUAAUGAUGGGAGUGAUGUCUGGGAAAUUAAUCUUAAGAACCUGAAGUUUGAGAACAAAGUUGCAUCUGGAUCAUAUGGUGAUUUGUACAAGGGUACAUACUAUAGUCAGGAAGUAGCCAUUAAAGUGCUCAGGCCUGAGCGUAUAGAUUCCAAUUUGCAGAAAGAGUUUGCCCAAGAAGUCUUCAUAAUGAGGAAGGUUCGGCAUAAGAAUGUUGUACAGUUUAUAGGUGCAUGUACCAAGCCUCCAAGUUUGUGCAUUGUAACAGAAUUUAUGUCAGGUGGAAGUGUGUACGACUACCUACACAAACAGAAGGGUGUUUUUAAGCUCCCAUAUUUGCUUAAAGUGGCAAUAGAUGUGUCUAAAGGAAUGAACUACUUGCACCAAAAUAAUAUAAUCCACAGGGAUUUGAAGGCUGCAAAUCUUCUCAUGGAUGAAAAUGAAGUGGUUAAGGUUGCUGAUUUUGGUGUUGCUAGAGUGAAGGCUCAAUCUGGAGUUAUGACAGCUGAAACUGGGACCUAUAGAUGGAUGGCUCCUGAGGUCAUCGAACACAAACCAUAUGACCACAAGGCUGAUGUUUUUAGUUUUGGGAUUGUGUUAUGGGAGCUGUUAACCGGAAAGCUUCCAUACGAGUACUUAACCCCAUUACAAGCAGCCGUUGGUGUGGUACAAAAGGCUUUACGGCCAACAAUUCCAAAGCACACUCAUCUAAAGGUGGCUGAGCUGCUUGAGAAAUGUUGGCUGCAAGAUCCAGCACUACGACCAGACUUCUCUGAUAUCAUAGAGAUCCUACAACAAAUAGCGAAGGAGGUUGGGAGCGAAGGCGAGGGGCGCAAAGACAAAUCAUCUGGAGGAUUCCUAUCUGUAUUAAGAAGAGGGCACCACCACUGAAGUAGAAAGAAAAUAAAAAGUUCAUAACCUGAUAAAGAGAGGUUUAAUUGUUGUGAGCCAUCUUUUCAUCUAUCUGGUAAUCAGUGUGGUACAACAUAUUUGACUUGAUAAUCAAUAUUUUUUAAAUA